AUGUCAGGCAGAUACAACCUCCGAAGCAGGGCGAAGCGGUCGCUGGUCGACGCUGAGCCGGAGCCAGAGCAGCAGCAGCAGCAGCGAGUGAAGAGGAGACGAGUGGUGAAGGGAAGUGAAGCAGUGCCAGUGACCGUGGCAGAGGAAGCGAGGCGAGAAGAAGACGAAGAGGAAGAGGAAGAAGGAGAAGCUGCUGGCAGUAUUUCUUCUUCACCAAAAGAACUAUCCCGAGAAGAGGUGCGCAGGAGAUUGUUCGCUGAUCGACGCUCCCCUACGCCCCCUGCAAGCGCUGUGCAGGCCGAUACUGGCAACGAGGAGCCCUCCCCGACCUCUGAGCUUCACCAGCCAGCACCAGCACCAGCACCAGCUCCAGCGCCAGACGUGCCCCUCGAGGCACAAUUCCACAUCACGGCCGCCCAACGAGCCUGGUACCUGGCGCAGCGUGCCCGUCACGCCGCCGCCACCCCCUCCCUCCCCACCUUCCUCGGCAGCGUGCGCGCCAACAUGAAGACCGCUGUGGCAGACUACGCCACCAGCCUAAACAUCCCUCACGACUAUGCCGUCAACCUGCCUUGGAACUCCCCCCUGCCGUCCGCACUGCACGAGCUCUUCGCCGUGCUGGCCGAGGGCCUCCCUGCUCCUGCUCCUCCUCCUGCCGAGCACGAAGACCAGCAGGAAGCCACCGCCACUGAGAACGACAGGCCGCGCUGGCGCCUCAGCGCGAACAUGCUGGAGCUGCUGAGUCCUGGUACGCAGCGGCAGUUUACGUGGCGUGAGCUUGUGGAGGCGCUGUUGGGCGCAGCUGUCACGUCUUGGUGUCUUUGUGAGGAGCCGUUGGAAGAUGAUGAGUGGCAGAGGGGGUUGGGGUGGGCUGCGGGAGAGACGAUGGCGGUAAUGUUUACGAGAGAGGCGAGGGAGUUUCAUCUGCAGCAGAUUGCUGUGAGGGUUUUGGAGGAGGGGCAGAGGGAGGAGGUGCUGCAAAGGAAAGGGCACAGGCUAGCCAGGCAGUUUAUGAUUGUCGUGGGGGCUCUGGUUGGGAAGGAGCUUGAGGGCGUGCGCGAAUUGGCGACUGGUGAAGAGGAGGAGUUUGUUUCCGUCCAGGCAGAGGAGCGCGAUGGUGGAGUGAGCUCGCAGCAGAGGUUUCUGAACACUCUUGCGGAAAUCUCUGCAUCGGCAACGUGGUUACGCUUGCAGCUGGCGAAACCGGGCAAUGCGGCAUACCAGUUUGACUUUGCGAAGCAUUUGGAUCUGGUGCAGAGGCAUGGCGAAGACACAGAGACGCGGGUCGUCUUUGGAGUUCUGCCGCGGAUUGUCAAGCGCAGCUGGGAGAGCAUGAUCGAGCCAUCAGACGACAGAAACACCACAGCCGAAAGGUUAUACAGCGGCAGGGCGUACAUCAGGGAGGAUUGGUGGCUGCAAACAUCUAAGUGA